CGUUGGCGUGUUGUUCUCGAAUCGUUUAGGAGUACGUCCUACCGGUUAAUCACAAUUAAAUAAAGGUAAUAGUAAAUUAUUCGCAAUGUCAGAAACAUCAGAAUCAGACUCAGAGUACAAUUUGUCCGAUGAGGAGUUACAAGAAGCCUUCGCGACGGGAUUACUAAAGCCAGGGCUCAAUGUAGCCGUCGAGACGAGUGGCAAGCAAUCCAAGAAUUUCGUCAAUCACAUGAAGCAAAAAUUGAAUGAAAUAAAGCUGGACUUGCCAUGGAUCGAGAGGCUGGAUAUGGUCAAUGCACUUGCACCAUUGGCACCAGAAUUGGCACUUCAAAUGCAAGAGCAAGAAGUAAGACGAGCUAAGCAGCUACAAGGGAAUAGAAAGUUACCUCAAUACAAGCCGUCUGAGGAUCCUGUUCUGAAUGACUUUCGUAGAGAGAACAUGUUUCACCGUCAAGCUCAGGGUGCUGUUAUGGAAGGUAUUAAUAGGUUAAAGAAGCUUGGCAUAUCGAUAUCUAGACCGGAUGAUUACUUUGCUGAGAUGGCUAAAUCUGACGAACACAUGCAAAAAGUACGAGAAAAAUUGAUGAAGAAGCAGGUAAUGACACAAAGAUCAGAAAAAGUAAGACAAUUGAGACAACAGAAGAAGGUUGCGAAGCAAAUGCAAGUUGAGGCAACUCUAAAGAAACAUGCAGAGAAAAGAAAAUUGAUGGAAGAGGUUAAAAAAUAUCGCAAGGGUAUACGGAAGGAUCUCGAUUUCUUAGAUGAUAAGAAGAAACCGCAAGGUAAACCACAUGUAAAUCGCAAGAUAAAUUCAAAGGCGCAGUUAAAGAUGCAAAUGAAGGCUGCCAAAUUUGGUUAUGGAGGUAAAAAGCGCCGUAGCAAAUGGAACACGAGCAGCAGUUCGGCCGAUGUUUCUGAAUAUAGACGACCAGAGAAACCGAAAGAAGGCAGAAGAGGAAAAGGUGGAAAGGGAAAGCAAAGAUUAGGCAAGAAUCGUAGAACUCAAAUGAAAGCAAAGAGGAAGUCGUGAAGGAUCUUUAGUCAGUAGGUA